UGUAUCAACAAACCUUGAUGUUAAAAGGCAAUGUCGUCUCAUGUCUGUUUUCCUCUACCAGAUUUCAACAACAGCAAUGGCUCCUCACUUCCGACUCCUCCUCUUUUCUCUCUUCCUCAUUCCUUCCAUUCUAUUUCUUUCUCAUUCAGCUAAAGCUGAUGAUGCCGAAGAGAAGCUUCUUCAAGGUAUCAACAGCUACCGGGCAUCCAUAAACCUGUCAGUUCUGAUUGAAAACAAAAACGCCGACUGCUUAGCGGGACAAAUAGCCAAUCAGUUUGAGAACCAACCCUGCACCAACACCACCGGCGCCAAUACCGUUCCCGGGACAGAGAACCAGUUUCCCAACUUCCCGCAACUUCUAGCUCACUGUCAUCUCAAUGUAACCAAUACGAGAGACGGAGUCAUAAUGCCCGCUUGCGUUCCUAACCUCGACUCGAGCCUUGUACUCUCCAACUUCACGCAGUCCCAGUACUCUGAGAAUCUGAACAGCAGCCAGUUCACUGGAGUGGGAAUUGCUGCCGAAGAGGACUGGAUUGUUGUUGUUCUCAGCACGAAUACGUCUGAUGGGAGUUAUGCAACGGCGACGAACACGAAUGCGGCUGGUUUGAUUCACAAGGUUGGUUUGCACUUUCAUUUGCUUUCUUUGUUGUUGGGUUUGUUCUUGAUGGCUGUGAUGAGCUGAAGUGCAUGUGUUUGUUGAAUUUUGGUAUGGUUCUUGUUCUUGAUCACUGCUUUCUUAUACAUGUUUUGGUGAGGAUCAGAAGUUUAAAAUGACCA